GGUGUAUAGAAAGUCCCUGCGAUGUUCAAUGGGCGGGUAUAUACGAAAGUCUCUGCGAUGUUCAACGAACGGGUGUAUAUCAAAGUCCCUGCGAUGUUCAAUGGGCUCAAUGGGCGGGUAUAUAGGUGCAAGUCAGAGGAGUAUAACGUGACAUAACCUGCCCAGAAGUCAGCGCGUGCUCGUGCCCAGGCCUCCCCAAGUCUUUUGACGUCAUAAGAGUUAACGAACUUCUAAUUGAUCAGUUCAAGAACAUUUGGACCCGAAAGAAUUCACGUAUUUUCUCACGACAAAAUGAGCACUUUUUUCAAUGACUAUUUCAAAUACGCCGCUGUUGGUGCAUUGGCCAUAGGCGGAGUGGCCAUGGGAUGUUAUGCGUACAAGCGCUGGUAUGGCAAAGAGGGAGACGUCGCGAGUGAAGAGCACGAGGAAUGCCUCAUUGAAGAUGAUGCCAUCAUCUAUAACCACGAGAAUCCACACGAAACAGACACAGGGGAGACUGUUAAUCAUGUCAAUGACAAGUCACACCACGACCGCAACGAGGAAGAUGACAAGAAAGUAGAUACAUCUUGUCUACACUUUAAAAACGAGUCAGAUGAGUGCAGAGACAAUAAGGAAAUAGAGAAAAUGCACGAAAACGAAAAGAACUUACAAAUAUUUUUGCGAGAAUUCGAUAAGGCAAUGAUGUCGAUGGCAGACAACUUAUUUUGCCAGGGACGAAGCCUUGAGGAACUCCGUCAGGCAGAGAUGGAUCUGGGUCCUCUGUGGCCGAUGAUUGAAGUUUACCGGGACAUGUUGCCCGACUGAGGAAGUUUGAAACUUCCAUAAAAUUUUCUUUUAUUACUAUUUGCGGUUUGAUUAAUCUAUCAGAUCGGGUUUUAUUAUUUAGUAAUUUUGCCUGACUAAGGGAGUUGGAAACUUCCAGAAAACUUUCUUUUAUUGCUAUUUACCGUCUGGUGAAACUAUCAGAACGGAUUUUAUUAUUGAGGUAUUUUGUUUGAUUUAUUUGUAUUUUCUUGAAUUUGAUUAAAAGAUGUUCCAACAAAAA